AUGCGUGUAACUGUGCACGCUGGCAGCUGUCCCGUGGGGGAAAGCGGGCUAGGAUUUUGGGGGUUGCAUAUCUUGUCACAGUUCUGCAUUCCAAAGGACGCGUUGCGUGGCGCCCACGUUGCGUUCGUGCUGCAGCUGUCGGGAUUUAUUACGGCUCCCGGUGUGGGGACGUUGGCAACGCGUGACACCCGCUCCAGAGCACGCUUCUGCCUGGGGAGGGAAACCACCGGGGCGAUAAGGACUUUCCUCUUAAGAGUACCAUCCUUGGCAAGCCGCGAGAGAUUCAGGCAGGCUUGUGUUUCUCUGUCCCAGGCUUUGUGGCAUAGUAUGGAUUUGACAUCAUCACAACAUAAUCAUCUAAAAAAUGAAGUGAUAAGAGAAUUGGAAAGACAAGAAGGGGAAAAAGGAGAUGAACAGAUAAUUGCAGAAAUCAUGAGAAGGCGUUUUAUUCCUGCUCUUAUAACUCAUAAACCCUGGGAAGGCUUUCACUUUGCUGGCCAUGAGAUAAGAAUUACAGAAGCCACUGAUUGUUAUGGGGCAGUCGUCUGGCCAUCGGCUCUUGUUCUGUGUUAUUUUUUGGAAACAAAUUCUAAACAAUACAAUUUGGUUGACAAAAAUGUGAUUGAAAUUGGAGCUGGAACUGGGUUGGUCUCCAUAGUAGCCAGUUUACUGGGUGCACUUGUGACUGCCACUGAUUUGCCAGAACUGCUGGGAAACCUUCAGCACAACGUUCUCCAAAAUACAAAGCUGAAAUCCAAGCACAAGCCUCAUGUUAAGGAAUUGUCUUGGGGAAUUGAUCUGGAAAAGAACUUUCCUAGGUCUUCCUGUCACUUUGACUACAUUAUGGCUGCUGAUGUAGUUUACCACCAUCCCUUCCUGGAUGAACUCCUCCUAACUUUUGAUCACUUGUGCAAGAAUGACACUGUUAUUCUGUGGGCUAUGAAAUUUAGGCUGGACAAAGAGAACCAAUUUGUGGGCAGAUUUCAGACACUGUUUGACUUAGAGGUGAUUUCUAAUUUCCCCAGUUUGAGCAUAACUUUGUAUAAGGCAAUGAGGAAAGGCAGGAUGAAAACCAAACCUUCCAAACUGGUGGUCUGA